AAAACGGUGAACCUGCCCAUCAGUAUUGGUUGAAGGUUACGCAAAAUAACGGAGCUAGGGUUGAGAUUUGUUGUGGAUUAAAAAAAAAAAAAAAAAAACGUUAUUUUCAGAUUGUAAUUUUAUUUUUUGGAGAAGAUGGUGUCUCACUCGCUGACGGUGCCGGUGAUCAUUUUCACGACUCUGUGGGGUCUGGUUGGCAUUGCAGCGCCCUGGUUCGUGCCGAAGGGACCCAAUCGAGGAGUUGUCAUCACAAUGCUGAUAACAACUGCUGUGUGCUGCUAUCUCUUCUGGCUGGUGGCAAUCCUGGCCCAGGCAAACCCUCUAUUCGGACCCCAGCUGAAGAAUGAGACGAUUUGGUACCUGAGGUAUUACUGGGAGUGAGUCCCUGAAGAGUUGCAGAUUCCCCACUUUCUCAGUGCUCUCCAUUCCAUUCAGCCAAGAUCACGCUUUUAUUUCAACCUCCUUCCCGACCGACAAACGACGAACGGCAUGAGAAAAGAACCAACAUUUUGGUUUUAUUAACAUGUAAUGAUGGGUAUUUCGAUUUUCUGACAUUCCUGGAGUCAUACUUUCCAUAAUGAUUCCUUGCAGUCCACUUGUAGAGGGUGAAACAUGAAAUCGACUUAAACGAGCACAUUUUAUUUAUUUAUUUAUUUAUUUAUUGAUUGAUUGAUUGAUUGAUUUUAGGGUAGCUUACCUGUUUUGAAUAUUUUACAACCUGUUCUUUCUGUCGGAUUCGUGACCAGGGAUUUUUGUACACAUUACCUCUGAUCAAAUUGUUUGUGUUUUAUUUAUUUCAGUUCAGAAAU